AUGAAUGCCGAGGAGACAGAGGCCGACGGGUUCGACCCGAUGGAGCUUCUGCACGUCAAGCGUGAGAACAAGCGCGAGAGCUUCACGCGCUACCGACUGCAGGAGACGCUGAUGCUGAUGGGAUGUCGACCGAAAGACGUGGCGACUGUCACGCGGGAGGUCUUUGUCGUGUUUACGCAGUAUGUAUCGAGGGACAAGAUAAGGGGCAGCAGCAAUAACCAAGAAGAGGGAGAAGAAGAAGAGGCGAAGAAGAAGGAGGAGGAGACGCUGUCGGUGGUGCUGCCUUGGCAUCUCCUGCAUCAGUGCAUCUACUCGUCAUUAGCAAGACUGGACUACGUCAAGCCGCAUCAUUUACUGGACUUUGAAGUGGCCAAGGAGAUUACCCAGAGAAAAGAGAGCUUUGCUGUGCUCUUGGGAGGAACGUCCGGCACAGGCAAAUCGACGUUGGCGUCGUUGUUGGCAGCGAGGUUGAGACUGACGACGAUCCUUCCCACGGACUCGGUGCGUCACGUGUUGCGGUCGUUCACGUCGAAGGAAGAGAACCCGUGUGCUUUUGUGUCCACGUACCAAGCUGGGGACGCCUUGUCCCCGCAGCUGGUGGCGGCACUUCAGGGAGAUCGAGAGGAUAUGUCGCCUGCGAGACUGCACAAGAAAAUGGUUCUAAAAGGUUACACGAUGCAGUCGGAGUCGGUGCUGGAGAAGCUGGACCGAGUGCUGACGAUGUUCGAAGAACGCAAGCAGUCACUGGUGGUGGAAGGAGUGCACUUGAAUAUGGACGAGUUGCUGUCGCUAGUGAAAAAGCAUCCGACGUGUGUGCCGUUCAUGAUCUACAUCAGCAACGAGAACAAGCACCGUGAUCGCUUUGCUGUACGCGCACGUCACAUGACGAUCGAUCCACAGGAGAACAAGUACAUUAAACAUUUUGACAACAUCCGCAUCAUUCAGCGCCAUUUAUGUAAGCAUGCUGAUCGCUGUCUCAUUCCCAAGAUCGAUAACACGAACGUUGACCGCAGCAUUGCUACUAUUCAGAGCACGCUGGUGCGAGUCCUGCGAAAACUGGAUCGCGGAGAAAAGCUCGUUGACGACAAAAUUGGCAAGUUCGUUAUGCUCUCGCGUGAGCACGAAAACUCACUCAAGAAAGCGUGGUCAAGUAAGGGUGUGCGCAAGGCCAUGCGUCCACUGCUGAAGCAGAAGGUCUCGAAACGAUUGUUACUUCGCCGGCUACUUGCAGAGCAGACCAUGGAUACAUUUGGAGCCCUGAACUCCCAUCCGGGUGAGGACACGUCAAGCAGCGAAGAGGAGGAGGAAGAUGCGGGUCGUGACGCUGACGAUGAGAGAAAUGGUGAUGAAGACGAAGAAGACGAACAGACGACUGUCGUGGGUAGUUUACUGAGUGGUACAAAUGUGCGUGACCACUUGGCUACUGUCGGUCAAGUGGCGGCAAUGCCUGCUCAAGGUCAGCCGACUACGCCGCGCUUGGCCACUCAAAAACGAAUGUUCUUGGACGAGAUCGAAGAGCACGCGGCUGGCUCGAGCGACAAUGCUAAAUCGAUGUGCUCGCUUUCACAGGCUGUUCGUCAGGCAGCGGUUUGGCGUGCAAGUCAGCCGCUAACAAACUACACUGAUUGGGUGUCGCACGCUCCGCCGCCGAGCCCCGAGGCCACCUUUUCGGACGUCAUGGAAAGCAUGCCAGGUUUUGCAGCAGCAGUGGAUCGAGGCAAGCGACCUCCGUGGGACUCUGAAGAAAAGCGCAAGUCCUGGAUGACUCGAGAUCAUCCCGUUGAUGCGCUAACAGGCCUCGCAGCUCAAAUGAGCACAAGGCGACCGUCGUCUCCGAAUGGUUCUGGGCAAUUUAAGGCAUUUGUCGAAAGCCAGCGCAUCGAAGGAGAGGCUCAAUUGCAGAUACAGCGCACGCAGCAGCAGCUCCGGCAGCAGCAAAUGCUACCAGUCAACCACCAACUGCCUCCUAUUGGAAGACGGACCAAGCCAGUUGCUCGAAGACUGCAUGCCUUGCUUCCAGAGCAACGGCAGGAUAGCUCCAGCAGCUUGGAUUUUGACUUCGACAGUGUGUCGAUGGUGGAUACCGAUGACGACGUCGGUCAUGUGUCGCAGACUUCCUCUCCGCGUGAUGGAUGUGUGUCACCAUUAGAAAACAGCAAUGAUGACGCUGAUAGCCACUUCGAGGUCAGCUCGCAGAGCUCUGGGGAGUAA